AUGGCUAAGAGCCGCGGGGGCGGCGGGCCUGGCUCGCCGGGCGGCCGCCGCGGCCUGGCGGGCACCCGCGAGAGCCUGGCGGCUGAGCCGGGCGGUGACGAGCUCAGCUCCCUCGGCUCCGACUCCGAGGUCAACGGCGACGGCCCUGAGGAGCGGCGCGUCGACAAGUUCGGCUUCAUCGUGGGCAGCCGCAGCGCCGAGGGGCGGCUGGAGGAGGUACCCCUGGAGGUGCUAAGGCAGAGAGAGUCCAAGUGGCUGGAUAUGCUGAACAACUGGGACAAAUGGAUGGCCAAAAAGCACAAGAAGAUCCGCCUGCGGUGUCAGAAGGGGAUCCCACCUUCACUGAGGGGCCGUGCCUGGCAGUACCUCUCUGGAAGCAAAGUCAAACUGGAGCAGAAUGUCGGCAAAUUUGAUGAACUGGAUCUCCUCCCUGGAGACCCCAAGUGGUUGGAUGUGAUCGAGCGGGAUCUCCAUCGGCAGUUCCCUUUUCAUGAGAUGUUUGUCUCACGUGGAGGCCAUGGGCAGCAGGACCUGUUUCGGGUGCUGAAGGCCUACACCCUGUACCGCCCGGAGGAGGGCUACUGCCAGGCCCAGGCCCCUAUUGCUGCUGUGCUGCUCAUGCACAUGCCAGCCGAGCAAGCCUUCUGGUGCCUGGUGCAGAUCUGCGAGAAAUACCUCCCCGGCUACUACAGCGAGAAGCUGGAGGCCAUUCAGCUGGAUGGGCAGAUCCUCUUCUCACUGCUGCACAAGGUCUCGCCUGUGGCCUACAAACACCUGAGCAAGCAGAAGAUCGACCCCAUCCUCUACAUGACAGAGUGGUUCAUGUGCGCCUUCUCCCGCACGCUGCCCUGGAGCUCUGUGCUGCGUGUCUGGGAUAUGUUCUUCUGCGAAGGGGUGAAGAUCAUCUUCCGGGUUGGCCUUGUGCUGCUCAAACACACCCUGGGCUCCUCGGACAAGCUCAAGUCCUGCCAGGGCCAGUACGAGACCAUGGAGAGACUGCGAGCCCUCAGCCCCAAGAUCAUGCAGGAGACCUUCCUCGUGCAAGAGGUCAUCGAGCUGCCUGUGACGGAGCGGCAGAUCGAGCGGGAGCACCUGAUCCAGCUGAAGAAAUGGCGGGAGAUGCACGGGGAGCUGCAGUGCAAGUCCCCCCCCCGCCUCCAUGGCGCCAAGGCCAUCAGCGAUGCGGAGCCCCCCACCCGCAAGAUGCUGGAGCCCGUGCCCUCCAUCAUUGUUCCCCCCGGGCCAGCCCCUGUGCCCAAAGCCCGCAAGAGCAAGGAGAAGAGCCGAGAAAAGGGCUUGAGCAACCCUGCCAAUGGCCCCGGAGCUGAGGGCAAUGGGAUGCCCAUCUCUGCCCGGGAGCUGCUGCACCCCCAGGUCUCUCCCCAUCACCAGUCCAAGGAGAGUCUGAGCUCCCGGGAGAGUGAGGACACGUACUUGUAGGGCCAGCACAUUGCUGGGCCCGCACACCCUGGGCAGGCCAGGCUCAGCUGGGCUGUGCACGCACCUGGGCCAAAGGACACUAUUUCCUCUGCAACUGAGGGAGGGAGGAAGGGGGCUCGUGAGGCCUAAUGUCAUGGGUACUCUGGGCUGGGGGGAUGUGGACGGGCUGAUGCCCGGCUGGGCUGGGCUGGCCUGGCCUGGCCUGUGUGGGACUGUGAGGCACUGUGGCCCUGGUGUGCAGGGACCAUAGGGGCACCCGCUCAGGGCAGAGGAGCUGCGUUCCCAUGGGGACGUCUGUGGGAGCUCAACCAGGCAGGCAGUGACAACAGGCUGCACUCAGUCCUGCCUGCCCUGGGUGCUGUGCUGUCCCCACCCUGGCAGGGUGCUGGAACUGCGAGCAGUGGGAGCCCCAGCACAAGGUGUGGAGGGCCGCAAUGCCCCUCGGGAUGGUCUCCCUGUCCCAGAGCUGCCCCGUCGCCCUCCCCAACCCCUCAACCCUUGUCCCCCAGGGUCCCUCCUGCAGGUGCUGGUCCCCGGGGUUUAUCCUGCCAAGCCCGCACUGGCUGGGGCAGACCUCAGACCCAGUUCCUGAGUGCCUGUGCCUCGUACAGCAGGACUGGGGGUACACGAGGAGCCGGGGGACUGGCCACCCUGCUCCUCUUUACUUAGUGUGGAUGUAUUAAGCUGUAGCCCAACACGUACCGGAUUGACCUACUCACUGAGCCUAUUUAUUGUUCCUCUGAGCAGCAACGGUUGCAGGACGAAGGCUGGGAGCCGCAGCUGAGGGUGGUGAGAGGCAGCAGGGCUGGGUGCCCUGGGCUUACGCGGCAGUGCCGGCCUCACCACCAGGCUGGGGCCACGGCAGGGGCCUGGUGGUGACCAUGUCCUCCUGGCACGCUGGGAGCUGCGGCGGAGGGGAGGGUAGGGCGGCCCCCUCCCUCACUGCUCCUUGGCUGGGUGCCCCCGCAUGGCACUGGCAGGGGCUCCCUGCCAUCUCCCUCUCUCUCUCUCUUUCUCUCUCUCUCUAAGGGCUGGGGGCAACUUUGUAAAAUAAAGUGGUAAAAAUGGUUUUGUACAAAGGGUAAAUAAAGCAGGGUUGUGUAAAGGC